CGACCGUGAACACCCUAUGAAAAGAUAUGAAGACUAGUUGGUUUAGAUGAUCCAAAUUAAUGGUUUGCAUGUACCUUUUUUUUACUCUUUGGAUGCAUUAGUAUUUAGUACAUUAAUUUUAGUGGUGAAUUCCUGCCAUAGAAUCUCUCCCUCCCAAUAAUAUAGCCUCUUCUUCCCCUGGUUGGAGGUGCCUUCUUCCAAAUGGUUCAAAACAUUUUCUUGUUCUUAACAAUGUUAAUUAUCCCAAAAAACAUAACAAAAUUGACAUGCGUGGUGCAGCUUCUUUCAACAUCACAUCAUUCCCCUUCUUCCUAAUCCUAACCAUCACCACCUUCAUUCUAACCCACCCUUCCACCACCGUCAUCGCAGGAUCCAACGACGGAAUCCCCAUAAUCCCCGACGACAACAGACCACCGCCCACCGCCGCCGCAGGAAAGAAAUCGGAUGCAUUGAAGCCGAGCGCCGCAGUGGUGGUCGGCGUUCUGACCACCACAUUCUCCCUCUCCUUCCUCCUCCUCCUCUACAUUAAACACUGCAGCGGCAGCAGCACGAUCGUCGCCAGGGGAGACCGGAAUUCCCAGGCUGCUACGGCGGAGACGGCGUCGUCUGAGCAGAGGAAGGACUCCGGGGUUGGCCGUGAGGUCGUGGAAUCGCUGCCGAAGUUCCGGUUUGGGUCGCUGAGGGGAAGGAAAAAUGGGCUUGACUGCGCGGUUUGUCUCGCUGGGUUUGAGGAACGUGAGGUUCUAAGGUUGUUGCCAAAGUGCAGGCACGCGUUUCACGUGGAUUGCGUUGACAUGUGGCUCCAUGCACAUUCCACGUGCCCGCUCUGCCGCUACAAAGUCCUCCGCGAAGACGCAGGUCUCGCGGAGGACGCGAGGGAAGAAGAAGGAGAAGAAGAAGCGUUUGGCAAUAACAUCAUUGAAGGGGGGAGAAAUAAUGACGAAGGCGGCGUGUUGCCGGAGAAUGAAAACCGGCGAGGCUCCGGGAGGGACUCGUCCGACGGAGAGGGGGAGGAGGAGUUUAUAGAGAUUGUUUUACAGUCACCGAAGAAUGAUGCCGAAACGCCGUCGUUUAGGGGGUCUUUGGAGGAGUUGGAGGAUGCUGUUGCGUCUCCCGGGAAAAGUGUGGGGCCGUUAAGGGGCAUGAUGAGCGGGGAGCACAGGUUAGAGCAUCAGAUUAUUGUCUCCCCAUCUUCUUCACGCGGUGGGGGCCACGAAAAGGAUAGCAGUGUUGAGUCGUUGGAUGUGUUGUACUUGAAAUCAGAGGAGAUGAUCAUAGGUGAUGGAAGAAGAACCGCGAGUGAGCGCAAGCAGAAUGUUAGGAGGGGUGAGAGAGAAAACGGUGUUUUGAGGAGUGUAUCAGAGGCGGCGGGGAUGAACAACUUGGUCAAAGGGAAGAAUAGAGGGAAAGGAAGGGGAUGA